UUUAAUUUCAUUCCCCAGGACGGAUAAUUGCUGGGUGAGGAGAAUGGGAGAUGAGCAGGAGAUCAUGUGCAAACUGGAGAGCAUUAAAGAGAUCAGAAACAAGACCCACCAAAUGGAGAAGAUAAAAGCCCGUUUGAAGGCAGAGUUUGAAUCGCUGGAAUCAGAGGAACGCCACCUAAAGGAGUACAAGCAGGAGAUGGACCUCUUGCUUCAGGAGAAGAUGGCACAUGUAGAAGAGCUGAGGCUGAUCCAUGCUGAUAUUAAUGUGAUGGAAAAUACAAUCAAGCAAUCGGAAAAUGAUCUGAACAAGCUGCUGGAAUCUACUCGGCGCCUGCAUGAGGAAUACAAGCCUCUGAAAGAACAUGUGGACGCCCUCAGGAUGACAUUGGGCCUACAGAGGCUGCCGGACCUUUGUGAGGAAGAAGAGAAACUGUCCCUCGACUACUUUGAAAAACAGAAAGCAGAAUGGCAGACAGAACCACAGGAGCCACCCAUUCCAGAAUCCCUUGCAGCAGCCGCAGCAGCAGCACAACAGCUACAAGUAGCCAGAAAGCAGGACAACAGACAAACAGCUACAUUCCGCCAGCAGCCGCCUCCCAUGAAGGCCUGCUUGUCUUGUCACCAGCAGAUCCACCGCAAUGCGCCCAUAUGCCCGCUUUGCAAAGCCAAGAGCCGAUCCAGAAAUCCAAAAAAGCCAAAGCGAAAGCAAGAUGAAUAGACCUCAUCCAUUCCGUCUGAGUCUCAGAUACUCUUCCUUUCCCAACACUGUUUCCAGUAAUAAUGUAACUGUGCUCGCCCCGAAUUCUGUGCAAUCUUGAACUGAACUUGUGGUGUUUUUCUAUUUAACGUGUUGUAAGCACAAAGGGGCCUGCUCCAUUACCGUGGCUUGGCUGUAAUGAGAAACAGCUUAGGGCUGCAAUACCAAGUUAAAGGCAUGCUCCGGCCCUAGGCUGCAACUCUGACGCCACUAUACAUUCCCAGUGUUAUGUUCGUACAUUUAGGAGUCUUUUGGUGCUAUCCGUACAUCUUGCGCUCUGAGCAAAGUCUUAGGAAGUGAUAUGGAAAGAAAGGCAAAAUCUUCUGGAAAUUGCAGCACAAAGAGAGAAUGAGACACCAACGUGCUGUGGUUUUCAAAAAAACUUCCUGCCUUUUAUUGCCAAAUUCAUUGAUUAAAUAAAAUGUAAGAUAUUCAUACAAAAA